ACAAUUACAGAUUUUUAUUUUUGUCUCGUUGAAUAUUUAAAAUAUGAAUAGAAUUUACUUCACAUUUUGGAAACAUAAUCUAUAUAUAAAUAAUAUUUUUCAAAAAGUGAAUGGGGAAAAAAACUCAAUGAAAUUCAUGGAUGGCAAAGAGUAUUGUCUUGAUUCCUCAUCUCCAUAACAUAUUCACAGUGCCCCACUGGUGCUUUGGUAUGACACGGGCGUUCCAGCCUUUGCAGAGAUCCAGCAAGCCGAGCGACGCCACCAGCGACACAACAGGCGCAGAAAUCAUGGCAGCUCCGCACACGCACAACACCGCCCCUCUCUGAGCUCUUCACUGUCCUCACGCCUGUGGUGCUGAAAUCAGCCUCAACUCGACAGCAAUGUAACGGCAAUGAGACAAAGACUCCGGCAGCCCGACGAACAGACCGAUAAUGGACGAUGAUUUGUUUCAGUUAAGGCAGCUCCCAGUGGUGAAAUUUCGGCGUACAGGUGAAAGCACUCGCUCAGAGGAUGAGUGUGGCAGCAGGGAAGAGGCUUUGGAGGUGGAGGGAGGACGGAUGGAUAUGGAGUCUGUUUCCUUGGCCGAUGGUGCUCCGGUGCCUCGGGAAUUUGCCAACCCCACUGAUGAUACAUUCAUGGUUGAGGAUGCCGUGGAAGCCAUUGGCUUUGGGACGUUCCAGUGGAAACUGUCCAUCCUGACUGGACUUUCUUGGAUGGCUGACGCCAUGGAGAUGAUGAUCCUCAGUAUAUUGGCGCCUCAACUGCACUGUGAGUGGGCACUGCCCAGCUGGGAGGUGGCACUACUAACUUCGGUUGUUUUUAUUGGAAUGAUGAUCAGUUCUUCAUUAUGGGGGAACAUAUCUGAUAAAUAUGGGAGAAAAACAGGUUUGAAGAUGAGUGUAUUGUGGACCCUCUUCUAUGGCCUUCUCAGUGCAUUUGCACCUAUAUACGGAUGGAUCUUGUUCCUCAGGGCUCUGGUGGGCUUCGGUAUUGGAGGGGCUCCACAAUCAGUAACAUUGUAUGCUGAGUUUCUCCCUAUGCGGUCCAGAGCCACUUGCAUUCUGUUGAUAGAGAUAUUCUGGGCUUUGGGAACAGUAUUUGAAGUGAUGCUGGCUAUUUUGGUGAUGCCAACUUUGGGCUGGCGCUGGCUGCUGGCCCUCUCCACUAUUCCACUCUUCAUUUUUGCUUUUUUUUGCUUUUGGCUGCCAGAAAGCGCUCGUUACGACGUCCUGACAGGAAAUCAGGAGAAGGCUUUGAACACACUCAAACGCAUUGCUACAGAGAAUAAUGUCCCAAUGCCGCUGGGAAAACUCAUAGUGGCCAGACAGGAGGACAGGGGAAAACUUCGGGAUCUUUUCUCUCCACACUUACGCUGGACCACUGUUCUGCUCUGGUUCAUAUGGUUCUCUAAUGCAUUUUCAUAUUAUGGUGUGGUUUUGCUGACCACUGAGCUUUUCCAGGAGGGAGGCGCCUGUGGUGGGGGGAAGGGCAGAAAAAGGGAGCCAGGUUGUAGUUUGGAGUGCAAAUAUCUAAAUUCAGAUGAUUACAAAGACCUGCUAUGGACCACACUUUCUGAGUUUCCAGGCCUGCUGGUGACCCUGUGGGCAAUUGAUCGUUUAGGAAGGAGAAAGACUAUGGCACUGUGUUUCUUUGUCUUCUCCCUCUGCAUUGUGCCGCUCUACGGCUGUGUGGGAAGGACUUCUUUGACAGUAUUUAUAUUCAUUGCGAGGGCCUUCAUCGCUGGAGGUUUCCAGGCUGCAUAUGUGUACACCCCUGAGGUGUAUCCCACAGCGACGAGGGCACUGGGUUUGGGCACCAGUAGUGGGAUGGCCCGAGUUGGAGCUCUCAUCACACCAUUUGUGGCACAGGUGAUGCUGGAGUCAUCAGUGUACCUGACCCUGUCAGUAUACUGUUGCUGCUGUUUGCUGGCUGCUAUUGCUUCCUGUGCGCUGCCCAUAGAGACCACAGGGCGGGGCCUACAGGAGUCUAGUCACAGAGAGUGGGGUCAGGAGAUGAUGGGACGGGCCUCAGACCACAGCCCUGGAGGAAUUCCACAUUCCAGCUCUGGAUCACAGGACUAAGGGGUUUGGAAAGACUUUGUAGAAGAAAUUGUUCUUGGAUGGAAGUGGGGAAUUUUUCUGUAAAAUUAAAUGUGUCCACAAAGGAAUAGCAGAUUUAAUUGUUUUAAGAACUGCUUGGUUUUGAUUUAAAUCAGUCCAUUAAAUGACACAUUCCCCCACCAAAGGUUUCUCUUUAUGAACAUCCGGACCAGAAAAAAUCAAGGGGAAUACAUUUCCAUCACAUAAUACUCCCUUUUUGCCUCAUUCCCAGGGAAUACAACAGAAAAUGGGUUGAAAAUGGAUCUAAAACUGCAUUAUGCAGUUUAACACAUGAAAACCACUCACUCUCACUCUCAUAUGUUCAAAGAGCAUUUGGGGGUGUUUAGGAGAAGAGUGAAAGAUUUGAACUUUCAAAGUCCUGAAGUCUUGAAGUUGAAAGAUAGCACAAGAGUAUGUGUGUUUAUGACAGGUUUAGUAUGAUAGCAAGUAAAAAAAAAUCAUUUUAUUUUUUAAGAGGGCCUUACACUCCACUCCCAGCAUUCCUUUGGGGAGGUCAUGACAACUUUUAUCUAUUCAUCGAAGCAGAGACAGGAUGCUGCUAUAAAUCAGACAUUGCACCAGUUUGUGGUCUCUGUUAUCUUGCUUUUUUUCAAAGGACCGUUUACCAUACUUUAACCUGGUUAAAUGUUAGCCAUUCAUAGUGCUAAGAGUUUCACUGACACCAGUGACGUAUCCAGUGGACACCAAAUUCUUCAUUUCGUACCACUCAGCACUUGAGAGCACCUAUCUUCAUCCUCUAACUUGCUGUCACCUGCAAUCACUCAUGUAAAAUUCUCAUUCAUAUACAAAACUCCAGUUGUUCCCUUAUAAUCAGGCAUAUCAAAGGUUACUGAAUCUUAAGAUACAACUCAAUAACAAUAAAACAAUUGCAAGUGGCUUUCAUCAGAAUGGGUCUGUAGGUCAAGUAUAUUUUUAUUACUGUCAUACUGUCUUUGUUUCUUCAGCCCGACAGCUCAAUGGUAUAUUCGGUUAUUUGUAUUCCUGCCUUCUCAACCGUACAGUGGGUAUGCGUGUGGCAUGAUGGGAAGUGUGCAGUUGUUCCUGUGAGUCCAGAGAGUUGUCUCCUAUGCCUGCCUUUUGCGAUUUAGUGCCGCGUUUUGUGUCUCUGUGCACAGAUCUAUUGCCACUGCACUGGAUGUACAUGUAUGAUAACAAUAAAUUAUGAUUCAAAACAUGAAAAA